AGCGGAAUGCAAGCCAAGAUGGUUGGCUGCGGGUUAGCGAUUCGGUAUCCCGACACCCGUUCUUGUUCGCACGCUACCAGAACAAGUUUUUUUUUGCUUGUACACUAAAGCGCAAUAAUAAAUAUCCUAAAGACACUGUCAUUGAGAUUACCGUCCAAUCGCGUGUGGGAAAAAGUCUUACGAACAAUAACUCUUCCCCUCGCGUCGCGCUCUAUUCAUUUUUUUUUCUUGCUGUGCACGGAUGCGUGACGCGUAAAGUACCUACACUGUGGCUAACAGCAGUAUACACACGGCAGAAAAUAGUUCUCGUUCAACUUUCAUCCCGAGUAACAUGCGCUGCACUUCGUUUUCAAAUAACGCUAGUAUUUACUGAUAGUGCAGUACAAAAAUAAGCAGUUAUGUAUUUGUCUUUCGAUCAUCAAGAUAUUUUAGGAUUGUUCAAUUGUCACAGUUUCUCGUCAAUUGUGAAUAUAUAGAUAUAAACUUAGCGCUACUCGAGGAAUCAGCUGUGGGAGAUCGAAACUGACGUCUGGCUCAGACAAGUAAUCGAAUUAAUCAAUUACUGUGUGUUUUUGUGUGAUGGCGCAAGAUCAACGACCACGUUAAUCAAUUCAAGCUGAUUUGAAAAUUCGUUACGUGACUCCUCAUUCGACGGAGACACCGCUCGUCGUAGCUGGAAAGUAGAAUAGGAAGAGAGGAAGAAGUAAAAAUUCGAUUUAAAAAAUUGGACGCAGUAACAUGGUAUUUGGAUUGAAGAAUUUAGAGCAAAGUAGUGAACGAAAGUCCGUCCAUCCUCGCACAUAUCGUUACGAUGCUCCAAGCAGUCCGAUUGCUGACCGAACUGGCUCGACCGGCGGAAAACAAUCAUCAUAAUCACCCUCAUCACCAUCACCAUCAGCAUCAUCGUCGACGGGACAGCGAAGAAACGAUGGAUCCCGCAGCGGCGCAAAGUUCGUCCGCUUCUGUAGCCUCCGUAGCGAACGAGGGCUCGGUACAAUUUCGCGAAAUUUAUAAAAACGGUUGGCUCAGACGAACCGACAGAACUGACAAAGAGACUAAUCGUUUUUGGGUCGCAUUUUGUGUCCACGACGACACCGAACCCCGCCUCGAAGGCUUCGCCGAUCAGAAGCAAGCCACCACUCAUUCCCCCAUGUGGGCCCACUCGUUGCGCCACAUUCAACAUCUCUCACCGACGCUUUGCGCCACCCAACGACACGAUUACGAAUUUUGCGUCAAUUUCAACGACGAUCGCGUUCUACGAUUGGCCGCACCUACCUAUCAAGGAAUGCUCGAUUGGGUACAAUUAAUCACACGAAAAUUAACCGACAUGAAGGUUCUGCGACCAAAAGAAAAUCUUUAUUCGAAAGGACCCGAACGCAUCGCCACCAGAGAUCCGACCAGCCCCUUACCCCCUCCGCCACUUUCAACUGGAUCGUCAACGGUCCAGGCGACCCAACAAACGACGACGGUUGUCGCAGCUGUGACUAAUUCCCCACCGGCGAGUAGCAGCACCGUUCCAAGUACGUCGACGAGUAGUAACGUUCCAGUAGUUGCGACGAGCAGUGCGACGACGUACUUGAGUGAUUCGAGUACCUCCAGUCCGGGCCGUGAGGCAGGAACGAGCGUGGAGACAGCACCGAUGGUGUUUACGUUCGACGAUAUUUCGCUCGAAGAGAGACGAUCGGCGAGGCCAACGCAGGGUGGAAUUCAACGUGCUGCAGCGCCGCCGACUCCAAGCCCGAGAAUCGUGACGGCAGUUGCAGUAAGCGAGGAAACGAGCGCGAGUGAUUCAGGGUACGAGAGCAUUUUUAUGGCUUCGUCGUAUUCACCGACCGCUGAUUCGGCUCGUGCAGCACGUGAUACUCCACAAACCGGCAGCGAUUCCUCCAACGAAAGAUACGCUGCGUUAAUGGAAUACAGAAGUUCUUCGAGUAGCGCCGAGACGAAUCGAUCUCAACCAAAUCGGCCAACGAACAAUACGGUUGAACCUCGAUCCACCACUUCUGCUAAUCCUAAUACUCGUCGUCAACUUACACUUCGAGAACAACAAGUUUUUCAACUCAGACGAGAAAUGGCUCAUCCUGCCGGUGUGCGAUUGUUACUGGGCCGAAGAGACUGCAAAGAUAGUAUCGCGUUCGUCGAUACUUAUGGUGCCGUUUGGGUCGCAGGUUGGAAGCAGCGAGAACACCCUUUGCUCUACAAUGUUCUUCACGUGGGUGAUUUGGUCCUGAGUGUAGCUGGUAUAACGCCACUCAAUGCUACCGCCAUAAAAGAUAUACUGAAGGGUUGCACUACGCCACGUGUCGAGGUGAUUGUUCGUCGAUUACCUUACGCACGUGCCGUGACACUGACCAAGAGGAACGACAGCGAUGAGUUCGGCCUCGAGGUUAACGGCAACGAGGUUUCCGGUGUUUCCGGUGUCGCGCUCAGCAUGGGUUUACCACCACUGGCGACAGCAACCGAUCCAACAGCUCCUGCCGGCUCGAAUACCACGUGGACCCUGACCGAGAUAAAUGGCAAACCAUUGAACAUUUUUGACGGCGGUGCUUGCGAACGUUUUCGUGCUGUUGGCCGCGACAUUUCGAUCGUCAUACAACCGACCGAUCUUGUUUCUUCGUUGCGCAAAAAAUUACGCUCCAUGCGCAAUUACAAGAAUUUUGUCAUGCAGUGAGAGUGAAAAUUAUAACUUUAUUCUCGGCUUUUUGCCGUUCCCUUAUUAGCGUAAGAUUGUUACAAGGGAGUCUGAAAUUCAGAGCGAAUCGAACAAAAAGAUCCCGAUGGGAAAUCGAUCAAAUUGUUUAUUUCUUGGAUUUUUCCAAUUUGUUGAAUCGUUUUUUAAUCUUUUUUUAUCACGAAAAAAGGAAGUUUUCCACCUUGUUCUCGUCGGUUCCUUUUACUAUUCUCUUCUUUGGCAAGCUACUUGUUUCGGAAAAUAUCCAAGUCAUUUGUAGACCUAUUUUAUUUAUACAUUUAUAAAAAUCCCAAAAUACUUAGUGGAAAGUUGUUUUUUUCAUUGAUGUUCGCUGAAUCUUGGAGAAUGAGGAGCUUUGAAAAGUGUUAAACGAAAUCGUGGGCUAUUUCACAUUCCGAAAUAAAAGAUAAAUCAAUUCAUUCAAGCAUCACCGACAUUCCAACGUGAAUGUGAGUUGAAGCAAGUGUUUCGUAAUUUACAUGGACAAGCUACAACUAUUUCGCCACUAAUAUGAGGAUAAAUAUUUUUGAUAGUCUCGAUACCGUGCAGUAAUAACGAAAAAAAAUUUCGAUUAUUUUGGUAUCGACAACUCGCUUUGAGGCACUGUAUCCUCAAAAUCGUUUUUUAUACGAUAUUCCCAAGUUUCGCUUCGUCCAUUGAUCAUUAGUAGAUCAAAAGUGUACUGUAAAUUUUCAAAACAUUUGUUCUACAGCAAUACAUUAAUAAUGAGGCUCUCCGCUCGUUUUGCGACUCCGAGGGUGAAUUGAGCAGUUGCGAGAAACUCGAAACAGCUGCGUUGAGCUCUGUGGUUGUUCGGAUCGGAAGGGGUCUUAGAGGAACGUUAUUUUUUGAAAUUUUCGACUCCCUUGAAAGAAAAACCAUUUUUUAGCAGCUAAUAGAAAUUUCUACCAUGAAAUUUGUAAUGACUGAGAUUUAUCGGUACUAUUGUGUCAAUGCGUCCAAUUGAGGGCAGCUCGAAGGAUUAAUAAGUAUGAACUUUUAAACGAGAUUUUUGGUAAGGUCAUACCAAUUAUGUAAAUCUCGAACGAAUGUGUGACGUUAGUUGUGCAUGUGGAGAAAACGUUUUGACAAAAUGUUUAUGAGAAUUAUGGAGAAAGUAAGAGAGCAAAGCAUACUCUGUGAUAAUUUACAUACAUUGUAUAUCUGUAGAGAAGAGUAUACGUGUAGAAAGAAGAAACGUCAGUGUAUAUAGAUAUCGUACGUCUGUCCGUGUGUUCGUAUAAACUACACACGCACAAUUAUUAUUAUUAUUAUUAUUAUUAUUAUUAACGAUGAUAAUUAUCGAUAACAUUAUUGUUUUGGUGAAUAAAAGGACCAAUCGAUACUUCAUACGUACACACAA